AUGCUGUCGCUCACGCGAUGGCACUCAAGGCUACAGGCGGCGGCGAGAGUCUUGAGUGGGGGCCCCGUAUACGUCUCGGACAGCCCGCACGAUCUCAGGACGCAUGCGCAAACGCUCAUUGAUCGCCUCGGGGGGGGGCCCCUCCUUAACGCCUCGAGAAGCCCCUGCGGGAGGCCCCCCUGGCGCUUGCUGCGCUGCAUCUCUGUCGGCUUACCAAUGGAGGACUGUCUUUUCUUCGAUCCUCGAAAAACACCAACUGGGUUCAAGCUGUGGAACGUCUGUAUGGGAGGCUUUGUGAUCGGCGUGUUUGGGCUUUAUGAGGCCCCCGGAGGCAUCGCAUACACCACGCAGCUGCACCAGCAGCAGCUGUUGCUGUUGCAGCAGACGAGGGGGCCCUGGGUGCGGCAAGACUCGCGCGGGACGGGGGCCCUUCCCACAGAUCUUCUUUGUUGCGACUUGGAGGACUGGAAUGCCGCUCCACUGCAUCCCCUCCAUCCUUGGGAAGUAACGACGCACUUUGCAACGUGCCACAUGUUUGCCGUAGCCCCCAUCUACCGCCUUGGGGGCCCCCCUGGGGGGGCCCCCCGGAGCGCCAGGGUGGCCCUUCUGGGUUUGCGGGGCCCUUAUGCGGGCCUUGCGGCCUUCUUGUUUCCCCCAGCGGCUGUAGAAUUAACGUCUGCCACAGAGGAGCAGGAGGAGGGUGUAUUUGCGCAAGUUAUCGCAGCAGGGGACCUCGUCUUUUGGCACGAGGGGCCCCAAGACCCCUGCUGCCUUUUUGUUCGCUCGGAGGAGUGCCACUCUGAGAAAAAGCUCUCAAAAAGAGGCUUCGAGGCCGCUGAACCUCCGGAGAUACCAAUCGUCUCUCUGUGGGGUCUCGAUGCCCUCGCGAGCGUAGAGGCGAGCUUGGAGGAGCUUUGUCAGAACUCCCGGCUUCGCUCUACUAGUCUCACUGCUAGAAAAGCCGUCCUCUCGCCUUUAGGGGGGCGCUCUAGGGGCAGCGAACGUCGCUCUCCCUCUACGUACCACCCUUCAACUAGCGCAGGGGAGACGGCAGCAGCGACAGCGGCAAAGGCGGCAGCGGCGAGGCAGGCCUCAAGCACCCUCAAUAGCAGCACACCAGCCUCGAGACAGCGUGCCGCCGAUCAGCGGUUGCCACGGGAACAGCGGCGGAAACUGCAGCGGCAGAUCCUGCAGGAGCAGGGAACGUUGGCGCGUGGAGCUGGCCUGAGAGCUGUUUGGUGUAUGUACAGGGCCUUGGUUGAAAAAGAGAUCGCACCAGCGUCUACCUCCGUCAUCUUACCGGUCAAAGAGGAAGACAUCAGUCACCUGCUGCAACUGCUGCAGCACCUGCUGCGAAAUACUCCCGAGCCGCUGCUGCAGGAAGUGCUGCUGUCUCCGUACAGGCCGGACCAAAAGCAGCAGAGGCAAGAAACCCCUGAAACAGGGGCCCCCACGGGCCUCUUAGGAGAGUUCCUGCUGCCCUUGUUGCAGCAAAUUCCUAAACUUCGAAUGCUGCAAAAGACGCAACAGACCUAUGCUGCCGCAGUGCACGCUGCCGUCCAGAAAGCGGAGUCCGAUACAGUAGUGGUGUUGCCGCCGGAAGCAAGGGUGGCGCCUCAUUGGCUAAAGUUCUUACUCCUACAAUUGCAGCAGCAGCCGUUUGCAGUUGUCUUCCCUGCAGAAGUGGAGGAGCCCAGUGCAGAUGGCCCCCAGUGCAAUGCGGGUGCGAAGAGGGGCCUUCCAAGCUGUCACGCCUUGGAGGGCAGCGCAGCAGCGAGCGGCAGUGUAUUAUCUUCCUUGGUGCUCCCAGGAGCAGUUUUCGCUACAGCGCGCGACUUGCUGCUGGCUGCAGAUACACCCGAGCCGUUACUGCACCAUAGAGAAGGCGUGCUUCUCGAGGUUUCUUUCCUUGCUGCAGCUUGUGGACUCCCCCUAGAAGAGGCACAACAACACGCUUUACUUCGCAGCCGGCUUAGAGUGGCAGAGGCUUGGCUGGGAGACUUCGCCGUCUUGCCGUGGCUUGCCCUCGGAGAACCUAAUAUUCCCCUAGGAAGGCCCCCCAGACCCUUGUGGCUUCGACUCCAAGGUAUGGAGAAAGCCAUGGCGGCAACAGCCACCCCCGCUUCUGCCAAGGGCGGUCCAACACCAGCAGAUACUGUUGCAGCAGCAGUUGCAGACACUGCCGUGCCCCUCCAGACGCGUCCCUCCACAGACACAGCGGCGCAUGCACUUGUCGAGCGGUGCAGCAAACGCAGCGCCGCAGCAAUAGCAGCCGCAGCGGCGGCAAACACAGGACUGCUGCAGGGGCCUCCGCAAGGCUUGCUAGAGGAUCGCAUCCCGCUUCUAGGCAACAUCAAGUGGCUAUGGAUGCACCGCUGGCCGCCCCUCUGCCUCUUCUUGGCGGAGGAAGGACCCCUUGGGCAGCGCCUUGAGGUCACAGCCAACUGCAGCGGCGAGGGGUCCCUCUUCGCAGCGGUCAGAAAAGUGCAGCAGGAGCAGCAGCAGGAGCAGCAAGCAAACUAUUUGCAGAUUCGGGCGCUGUCCUCGGCGCAAGCCGACACAUGUUUAGACGGCCGGCUAAUCGCGGUUCCGUGCAAUCCACAAGACCCCCAGCAGUGCACAAAGCCAGCAGUCGCUGCCUGGCCAUACACCCCAGAAAGCACCAUUUGCGCCUCCUCCCGUGCGAUUCCGAAGACAGUAACCAGGUCAGUCUUCUCUCAGAAGGCUCUGCGAACGGCCUGCAGCGAGGGGGGGGGGUAUAAACGUUAUUCUCAAAGGGCCGUCGGUAUUAGAGGCAGCCCAUAA